GGCCGGGGGGAAAGAGGCGGCGGAGAUGUCGGUGUCGGUGGCCGCGGGCAACCUGCCCAUGCGGCUGCUGCGCAAGAAGAUCCACAAGCGCAACCUGAAGCUGCGGCAGCGCAACCUGAAGCUGCGGGCGGCCGAGGGCGCAGGCGAGGCGGCAUCGCAGGGACCGCCGGAGGAGGAGGAGGUGGAGGCGGCGGCGGCCGGAGCGGCCGCGGAUGCUGCAGAUGCUGCCGAUGCUGCCGGUCCCCGGGGCGGGGAGGAGAAGAAGAGGAAGAAGAAGAAGAGGAAAGCGGCGGCUAAUGCGGAAAAUGAUACAGAAACUAAAAAAGUGAAAACUGAAGAAGAUGAAUCCGUGGAGGCAGAAGAUGAAGAGAAGCAGGAUUCUGGAGAGAAGGAAAAGGAAGAGGAGGAGGGGGAGGAGGACGAAGUGCCCAGUUUACCACUAGGUGUAACAGGUGCUUUUGAAGACAAUUCUUUUACUUCCCUGGAAGGUCUUGUCAGUGAGAAUACACUGAAAGGCAUAAAUGACAUGGGGUUUACGCACAUGACCGAAAUUCAGCAUAAAAGUAUUAAGCCACUUCUGGAAGGCAGGGAUAUUUUAGCAGCUGCAAAAACAGGCAGUGGUAAAACACUUGCGUUUCUUAUUCCUGCAGUAGAGCUCAUCUACAAGUUAAAAUUCAUGCCCAGGAAUGGAACGGGUGUUAUUAUUCUUUCUCCCACUCGAGAGCUUGCUAUGCAAACCUAUGGAGUUCUUAAAGAAGUUAUGAAUCAUCAUGUUCACACCUAUGGUCUGAUAAUGGGGGGCAGUAACAGAUCAGCAGAAGCACAGAAACUUGCAAAUGGAAUCAACAUCAUUGUAGCAACACCAGGAAGACUGCUGGAUCAUAUGCAGAACACUCCAGGUUUCAUGUACAAGAACUUGCAGUGUUUGGUAAUUGAUGAGGCGGAUCGUAUCUUGGAGGUUGGAUUUGAAGAAGAAAUGAAACAGAUCAUAAAACUUCUACCGAAGCGCAGACAGACGAUGCUUUUUUCUGCUACGCAAACCAGAAAGGUUGAAGAUCUGGCGAAGAUCUCUCUGAAGAAAGAGCCGCUAUAUGUUGGGGUUGAUGAUAACAAGGAGACAGCAACAGUAGAUGGUCUUGAACAGGGGUAUGUAGUGUGUCCAUCUGAAAAAAGAUUCCUUUUGCUCUUCACAUUCCUCAAGAAGAACCGGAAGAAGAAACUAAUGGUAUUUUUUUCUUCAUGUAUGUCAGUGAAGUACCAUUAUGAAUUACUCAACUAUAUUGAUCUGCCUGUUUUAGCCAUUCAUGGCAAGCAGAAACAAACCAAACGUACUACAACAUUUUUCCAGUUCUGUAAUGCAGAAUCUGGGAUACUGUUGUGCACUGAUGUGGCUGCCAGAGGAUUGGAUAUUCCUGAAGUUGACUGGAUUGUCCAGUAUGACCCUCCAGAUGAUCCAAAAGAAUAUAUUCAUCGUGUUGGUAGAACUGCCAGAGGCAUAAAUGGUAGAGGACACGCUCUGCUCAUUUUACGACCAGAAGAACUGGGCUUUCUUCGUUACCUAAAACAAGCCAGGGUACCCCUAAGUGAAUUUGAAUUUUCUUGGUCAAAAAUUUCAGACAUCCAGUCUCAGCUGGAGAAACUGAUUGAGAAGAACUACUUCCUUCACAAGUCAGCCCAGGAAGCAUACAAAGCUUACAUUAGAGCUUAUGACUCCCAUUCUCUGAAGCAGAUCUAUGAUGUCAAUAACUUGGAUCUUCCCAAAGUCAGCCUUUCAUUUGGUUUUAAAAUUCCUCCGUUUGUCGACCUCAAUGUUAACAGCAACCAUGGCAGAAGACUACAGAAGAGAGGUGGAGGUGGUGGAUUUGGUUACCAGAAAUCAAAGAAUGUCCACAAAGCUAAAAUCUUCAAGCAUAUUAGCAAGAAAUCAGACAGUCGGCAGUUUUCUCGUUAAUCACACAUUCAUUAAAAUGGCUCCUCGCAUUGGAAUAGACUACCUUGAUCAAAACCAUCUGACAGUUACUUCCAAUUUAAACUGCUCUGUUCACAUUUUUAGGGGUCUUCAGGGUUUUGUUUCUCAGAACAUCUUUUAUCUUUCAGUUCAGGAAGACUCUUUGGAAGUGAGACUAAAGAUAGAAAUAGAGAAUAUGGCCUGCUAAUUUUGCCAUACUUGUUGUGAGGAAGAAUAUAGUUGAAUAUAAUUGUCUUAAGUCAAUACUACAGAGCUUUUUAUGAAAGAAAGAAAAAAUACUUUUAGGUUUUAUAGAAGAAUUUUUUUUACAUUUAUCCUUUUUUUCUAUGCACACCUCUGAAAAAUUGUUGGAGUAGACAACACGAGGACAGGUUACAGUGUGAGAUAAAAAAAAAUAUUUGCACACAUGAAUCAUUGCAAGGGUUUCUAAUGCUACAGAACUCUGUUUUGUCCAUCAAAUAUUCCGAAGAAUAUAGGAAGAUUCCUUUAGAACAGAACAUAUCCAUGAAUAAUUAAGGCUGUAUGAGCUCGUGAUUAAUUUCAGUUGUGAUAUCUGUAUAACAAGUACAGUGUCAUAGAUUAAAAAAAAAAUCUCUUAUACAACUCUGGGACAUGCUUAGUAGUGUUUCUUUUAAUGUGAUAAAAUGGUAACAUUCUAGUGAAAUGUUUGGUUCUCCUUCGUAUUCUCUUUAAAUCUGAAUGUAUCCAUCUGCUAAUGUCUAGUGUACUCUCUUAUGAAUAUGCAAAGAAAAUUGAGAAAAACAGAUUACAUAAAUUGAAGCACUUGACCCAGAUAAUUUUUAAAAAUGCUCCAUAACCUUGAUGCAGUGAGAAUUUUUGCACUUGUAUCUUGUAAAUUAUAAAAGUGAAUGGUUUUUUAGUCUUAGUUUAUCAGACUAGCGAUGGUCAAAGUCAAAGAUACUACCACAGGAUUGGCGGGGGGGGAGAGAGACUUGGUAAGUGAAAAAGUGAGAUAGGGUAUAAAUAUACUAGAAGGAUUUUUUAUGGGAGAAAUGUAGAACACUGAAAUACAAGAAGAUGGAAUACAUGUUGCAAACAGAACAAACAUGGAGACUAAGUAAAAAAAGAAUACACAAGUUGGACAAAAGUAGAAUAACUACAUUCCAUAUAUUAUUUUCAUAUCUCUACUACUGUAGAGUAGAUAACUAUUAUAAGACUACAAUGGGGGUGGGCAACAGUAUUUCAAAAAUGUUCAUCCAUCAAUGCCGGGAAAGACUAAAAUGUCAGAGAAUCCAGACAUCUGGGCCCCGCGUACAGUAAAACAGCUUUUAAUUUGCAUCUAAAAUGUAACGCAGGACCAAUUAUGAAUAAAAUAGCAUAUGUAGUUAUUCCAAUAUAAGGUGGACUGUUAUUCUGUAAGUCUUCUGAAGUAGCAUGUCAGAUUUAAAACUAUGAUAUAUGCACUGAAGUAUCACAAAAGAACAUCAGUGAACUUUCAUUUCACCCUUGGAGAAACAAGAUCAUUUGUUUUGGAAAAUAGCAUGACCAUUCUGUUGCUAGAGCUUCCACCAUUCAAAACUGAGAGUGUUGCCUUCUUUUCCCUUUUUUGUGAAACAGCUCUGACUUUAAGCCCUAAUGGACUUUUCAAGACUCUUAAUUAACAUUGGUCAGGUAUUAAGAAUUUCUGAUAUGUCAAAAUACUGAAGUAAGUUAAUUUGGAUUUGAAUGUCUCAUGCUUCCAGAAAGCAAAAUCUGCUCUGAAGGGUAAGCAAUACUAAGUAUGUGAUACCUAGUCCAUACAGUUCUAGUCUUUGAUUCUGGGUUUGCUUAUAUAUUUAUAAAUAAUAGAUGUCAAAAUAGUUCUCAUUUCUGUUUAUUAAUAGCAUAUUUUUAGAAUAAUCUCUGAGACCUACAGCAUCAUACAGUUUAAGGGUUCUGUCUACACCUGCAAGCUGUGCAGUUACAGUAUAGAAAUUAACUUACUGUGAAAUUGACUGAGGGGACUCAUUAGAUGAACUACAAAAUUAAUUACUUGGAAAGAGAUGUAAGCAAAGCCGAAGUAAACCUCUGUAAAGAUCAAGAAUGUGGUUAUGUGGGCACAUGCAGUGUGAACAUAGUGUAGAGUACUCGUUGGGAACAGAGAAAAAGCUGAGAUGAUGGGCACAGUCAGUGACCACCUGUCUGACCAUGACCAGUUGGGCUUCAAAGCGCAUCAGAAUUCCUGCCACUUCUCUAUGUAGAAAAAAUCUGCUGCUCAGAGAACUUUUUUUCUGUCACUCCUCAUUAUCCUGGGAACAGAAGGCUGACUGCUUUCCCAGCAGCUCGACAACCUCCAGCUCCACCUAAUUUUUUCUUCGGAAGAGUUGAGGCACUGUCAAUUUCUAAAGUCUGAUAUUGAGGACAACUGAAAAAUAAGGGUUUGGCACAAGUCUGCAUAACUUCUCCCUAAUGUUUUUUGUUUGCAUUUUCUUAUAAUACAAAUAAAUCUUCGAAAUCUAUCUAGAAGAUGAAAAGGCUGGAUAGUAUUUCUCUGGAGUAGCACUAGCUUACCCUAACAAAAAAAGAAAAAUAAAAAAAGUUAACACUGUUACUUAGAUAUUAUAGAUGUAUAAUGGCUGCACGGUCUGAAGUAACUACAUAGUCUGCUAUUUCACACUAAUUUAAUGAUAAAGUAAGAGAGAAAUUCCUGAGCUGAGACUAAGUGGGUAUUGAAAGAGAAGGGCUUCAGCUUCUGGCUUGUGCAGAUGCAGUUAGCUUUCUCUUUGUUUACGGAAUCAUAAAUGAAAAAUAGUUUCUGAUGAAAUAUCUAUGUGUCUCAG